CCCGCACAGCGUAUCUUAUCUGGCCUCUCAUCAGUUAGUCGUGCGUUGCCUUUUCUAAUGCGUUUUUCUGGGAUUUUAAACAAUUAAUUAAGCCGGUGUGCAGCCCGUGACGCGAGCUGAAUGGGUUCCGCUGGCUGGCGGAGCCCCGAAAAUGCGCAGCUCCUCUCUCUCUCUCUCUCUCUCUCUCUCUCUCUCUCUCUCUCUCCCUCUCUCCUCCGUCUUACUAAGGUGACCGGCGGAGCCGCGCUCACUGCUCAUUAUUUAACGGCUUCAAAUUGAGCGGCAGCGGGAAGACGAGCUUGGCGCAGAUCUGCUCCGGACACUGUUGUGACUGCUGGAAUAAGCUGAGAGGGGGCUACCCGGAGGGAGGGGGGGAGGGGGGUUCUGUUUUAUUGACAUCUGGAAGUGCCGGCGGGAGGACUGUAUGUGCCGCUUCAUGCGCCAGCCCUCAGUCUUCAGGUGAAGCCUCCGCACACCUACAGGCUGCGUGUUUUUUUUUCUCUUUUCUUUUUUUUUUUUCUCCCCUUUAUUUUUAUCCAAGUUCGGUUUGUCUCACCUUCGCCGCUGACGCUUGGAUGUUGGUAAAACGACGCGCAUGCGUUGCUUUUGGAAUAAUUUUGCAGCCUAAGUUGCAUCCCUGAGAUCUUGUGUCAAAGUCGUUGGCAGGAUCGGAGUUAGUGAUGUGGAGUAAUCUGGACCGCGGACGCUGGGGGAUCUGCUGCUUGUCCCUGCUGGCGACUGUAGUCUGCGGGGCGCAGAGUGCCAACGAACCUAGCAACAUGUCAUACGUGAAAGCCACCGUGGACAAGCUGCUGAAGGGCUAUGACAUCCGUCUGCGGCCUGAUUUUGGAGGCGCCCCUGUGGAUGUAGGCAUGAGCAUAGACAUCGCCAGUAUUGACAUGGUGUCUGAAGUCAACAUGGACUACACCAUCACCAUGUACUUCCAACAGUCCUGGAGAGACAAGCGCCUUUCCUACACUGGCAUUCCUCUCAACCUCACCCUGGACAACCGGGUGGCAGAUCAGCUGUGGGUCCCUGACACCUACUUUAUUAAUGACAAGAAGUCCUUUGUCCACGGGGUGACAGUGAAGAACCGGAUGAUUAGACUUCACCCGGAUGGAACCGUGCUCUAUGGUCUCAGGAUCACCACGACAGCUGCCUGUAUGAUGGACCUGCGCAGAUACCCGCUGGACGAGCAAAACUGCACCUUGGAGAUCGAGAGCUACGGAUACACCACUGAUGACAUUGAGUUCUACUGGCAAGGAGGUAGCAACAGAGGCUCAGUGACCGGGGUGGAGAACAUCGAACUGCCCCAGUUCUCCAUCAUAGACUACCAAACCCUCUCCAAGAAAGCUGUGUUUGCCACAGGUUCGUAUCCACGUCUGUCUCUGAGCUUUAAGCUGAAGAGAAACAUUGGCUAUUUCAUCCUGCAAACCUACAUGCCCUCCACCCUGAUUACCAUCCUGUCCUGGGUCUCCUUUUGGAUCAACUAUGAUGCCUCGGCUGCAAGAGUGGCCUUAGGUAUAACCACUGUACUGACCAUGACCACCAUCAAUACCCACCUUAGGGAGACACUACCCAAGAUCCCAUAUGUCAAAGCCAUUGACAUUUACCUCAUGGGUUGCUUUGUCUUUGUCUUUUUGGCCCUGUUGGAGUACGCCUUUGUCAACUACAUCUUUUUUGGCCGAGGUCCUCAUCUGCAGAAGAAGGUAGCAGAAAAGGCUGCCAAAUCCAACAACGAGAAUAAAAGCAGACUGGAGAGCAACAGAGUGCAGGUUGACCCUCACGGAAACAUUCUCCUAACCAACCUAACCAGUGAGAUGGGUGGAGCAGAUAUGAUGGGGGCUCUCAAUGACCCACGGGCUACAAUGUUCUCCUAUGAUAGUGCCAGCAUACAGUACCGCAAGCCCAUGACCAGCCGAGACCUGUACGGACGACCAGCCCUUGACCGGCCAAUGGGCAACAAGAAGGGCCGCUUGCGGAGGAGGGCCUCGCAGCUCAAAGUCAAGAUCCCUGACCUCACGGAUGUCAACGCCAUAGACAAAUGGUCCCGUGUCGUCUUUCCAAUCGCAUUUACCUUCUUCAACUUGGUCUACUGGCUUUACUAUGUCCACUAGGGUGGCAGUAUCAAGCCUGUGUGGCUGCACAACUGCUUACGAUUUCUCAGAAAAGCUACCUAGGUCUUGUACAGUGAUGGAAAUAGAAGAGCGUUCAGUCAGUUUGUAUAAAUCCUGUU